AUGUCACAAAUCCAGAAAAAAUUGAUUUCUCACAAGAGGUCACGGAAUGCCCAGUCUUCCUCCCCGGAAUCCAGCUCAAAGUCGGCCCCGAAACGACAUGAAACUGACGCCAAGUUUGAGGCUGGUAAUCCAAUCUGCCCACCUCGUGUCAGUUUCGGUGUCGAAAUAGAGCUGCUGAUCGGGGAAUUUGCUGGGCAGGACCCCGACUGGCAGAUUAAUGGAGCCCCCUUGCCUCCUCCAUACGAAGGUGGAGGGGACGUUUUUCUGAAGGUUUCAACCCUUCUUCAACAGCAUGGAAUUGAUGCCCAUGUCCCGAAAGACUCAGAGGAGAGAGAUGCAAGUAAACUGCACAUGUGGGCAGUCACUUCCGAUGAGUCAAUCGAGGUUGAUGGCGAGGAAGGGAGCGGGUACAUUUGGAAGGGCGUGGAACUGAAGUCACCGGCUUCAUAUGCCUUUGAUGAGGCAUUCAAUAUGAUCAAGGUGGUCAUCAGCCUUGUCACCGGCAAGUUCCGUUGCAGGGUGAAUACGUCAUGUGGCAUACAUGUCCAUCUUGGAAACGGUCCAUACCGAAUGGACUUACAAGCGGCCCGGAACUUCGCCGCGCUUAUUUGGGCUGCUGAGCCCAAGCUCGCUGUUCUGCAUUGUCCAAGCAGAACCAUGUGCAAGUAUUCAGAGUCAUCCCGACGACUCAAUACCUGCAACCUGGCGGCAGGUAAGGCGGCCAUCAACGCCUACAAAGCGGUUCUUCAGGAUCCCAAGUGGGUGGCUCGAUAUCAAGGGCGGGCACGAAAGGUUGGUGAGGCACCUAUUGCCUCAAGCCGAAAGCUCCUGUGGUAUAAUGACAAACAACAGCAAGCUCAGGACGGUUCCUUCUUGGGACCGGAUAUUGAGGACGACAGCUCAGACUACGAGAUUGAGAGUGAACCCUUCUCGAGGCCGAAAAAGGUCCCAGGGCAAAGAAUGCAGCCAACCCGCAUGACCAAUCUGCGCAGUCACGAUUCCCUCCCUUCUAAGCGCACCCUUCAGCGGCUUGACGACAAUAAGUUGAGUGGCGGCCCUCCCCAGAUCAACUUCCCCCUACCUGAAACAGUUGAUCGAUUCCUUAGAAACCGUCAAAGUAACGAGACCACCGCCACUACCGCAACACCGGAGGAUCCGAAGCUAGAACGACCUCGAAAGCCUAUCCGUGAACGACAUGGCCCGAAAGCAGUCCAGAUGUCAGUAGACUCCAUUUAUGGGGAUGAAGCCAUCAUGAGCCGGUACCCAUCUGCUGAUAAUAAACGCCAGCCGCCGGCCCGAGUGGGCACCUGGUCUGGAGCCAGCGAGUUGCUCUCCUGCGACAUUGGCACUCACCAAAUCGCAUACCUCAUGGGUAUGGGAACCAAGACGUACAUCAGCAGCAACUGGGAAGGCCAGAGCAAGGAGUUCCUCAACGUGCUCCCGACGAUGCGGCCCAGGUCUGGAAAUUCCUACAUGACCAUCGAGAGCCGUGAGGCCGGCGGCUCGCUCAACGGCGAAUGGAUCGCAACCUGGGCGCGGAUUCAGUGCCGCCUGCUGGAGUUUGCGCGAGACGCGGAGCCCUCGGAGUUCAUGCGGAUCAUCGGGCUCCUGAGCCAGGAUGAUGGGCGAACGGAAGCCCAAUAUGAUGUCGUGGACCUCCUCGAGGAUAUUGGGUGCUAUGCCGAGGCCCGGUACUGCGAGGAGCGUAUGAAGCGAGGGGCGGAGGCGUGGUUUGACUGCAUGCUGUUGAACCACGUCUCUAGUGAUGAGAAUUAUGAGGACGAUGAGGAGAGCUCACCCUAACCCAGUCUGGGCUUUGACGAGGGUCCCUAUGCCAUGUACGAGUAACAUGUUGGCUUGCCGGCUAUCUACAACCAGCAUUGUAUGAGUCUCCAAGUCUUCAGGUGGCACUGCGAAGGUAUCUGGAGGAACGGAAUGCCAACUUUAUGCCUCUUACGAGUGUGAAUGCUCAUGACAAGUGUCAUGGGAUGCAACGGACUCCAAGGGGCGUGGUACCGAGUGGUGCUUUCUAGGCUGUUUCCUAGCUGCUGG